AAGUUGUGGGUGAAAAUGGAGGUGUUGCGGCGUGACGCGCGACAUGUGGUACGACGUGCGCUGAGGAUGGCGAGGGACUGGAAGCAGAUCGUGAGGAAGCGAGAGGAGCGAGACGACGAGAAACUCGAGAAAGAGAUCGUCUACAUCCGGUCGGAAGUGAGGUCUACGGUUGAAGCAAAUCGCAACCUCACAUCAUACUCACAGAUCCGAGAAGUCAUUCAGAACUCAAAUGACAGGGUUGACUUGAUAUUGCACUAUCGUAUUCCCUAUCCUCGCUACCAUUACGUGUACGACGAGACCAGGGAAUUGCAACAUGUUGAUGGUUCCAACUGCAUGGAACUUGAGGGCCAUAUCUUGGAUAUUCCAGUAUCUCAUAGCAGGACCUGAAAAGCUCUUGCAACUCGUUGAUUGUACAAUACGCUUCUCAUGUCAACGUGAGACCGACAUCGUAACGUGUCGGUCCGACAUAUCGUAACGUGUGCGCACCAUGGCGUGUUAAGGAGCAUAGCAGUCUGAUGGUGUGGGUGUCUUUGUGAAUAAAGGCAUGCCGAUGGAUUC